GACGACCUGAGGAAGGAGGGAAGCUGGUUGUAUUUUAGAUCUAUCGCUGUAAACACAUUAAUUAAUUACUCUAGCAAAAAUGGACGAAAUGGAAGAGGAGCUUAAAUGCCCGGUGUGCGGCUCUUUUUAUCGCGAGCCCAUCAUCUUACCGUGUUCACACAACAUCUGCCUUGCCUGCGCCCGGAACAUCCUGGUGCAAACGCCGGACGCUGAAUCUCCACAGGGCGGUCGCCCCCCCAGCUCCGCACCGUCUGAUUACGACUACCUGGACCUGGAUAAAAUGAGUCUUUACAGCGAAUCAGACAGCGGUUACGGCUCCUACGGCGGCUUCGCGAGUGCACCCACCACACCUUGCCAGAAGUCACCAAACGGAGUGCGGGUGUUCCCUCCGGCCGCUAUGCCCGCAGUGGCACCGCAGACUCACCAUCAGCUGCUCGCGCCGCCCGGAGGUUUACCACCGAUCCCCCGCAACGCCUGUCUCACCUGCCCGCAGUGUCACCGCAGCCUGACCCUUGACGAGCGCGGACUGCGCGGCUUCGCCAAAAACCGAGUGUUAGAAGCGGUCGUGGACCGCUAUCAGCAGAGCAAAGAGGCCGCGCUCCGCUGCCAGCUGUGUGAGAAAAGUCCACGGGAAGCGACAGCCAUGUGUGAGCAGUGCGACGUGUUUUACUGCGACCCGUGCCGCCUGCGCUGCCACCCGCCUCGCGGUCCCCUCGCCAAGCAUCGCUUAGUACCACCCGCACAGGGACGCAUCAGCCGGAGAACCAGUCCGCGCAAAACCUCUACCUGCACCGAGCACGAUCUGGAGAACCUCAGCAUGUACUGUGUGCAGUGUAAGACUCCAGUGUGCUACCAGUGCCUGGAAGAGGGCAAACAUUCAGCACAUGAGGUCAAGGCUCUUGGGGCAAUGUGGAAGCUGCACAAGGGGCAGCUGUCACAGGCACUGAACGUUCUGUCUGAUCGAGCCACUGAGGCCAAAGAGUUCCUUGUUCAGCUCAGAAACAUGGUGCAGCACAUACAGGAGAAUGGAGUUGAAUUUGAAGCUUGCUUGGUUGCUCAGUGUGACGCCCUGAUUGAUGCUUUGAACCGCAGAAAAGCACAGCUACUGACCAGAGUGACCAAAGAGCAUGAGCACAAGCUUUUGGUGGUGCGUGAUCAGAUCUCUCACUGUACAGUAAAGUUAAGGCAAACGACAGGCUUGAUGGAGUACUGCAUGGAAGUCAUCAAAGAGAACGACCCCAGUGGUUUCCUACAGAUCUCUGAUGCUCUGAUUCGCCGGGUACAUAUGACAGAAGGUCAGUGGGGUAAAGGAACACUCACGCCACGUAUGACCAGUGACUUUGACCUGACGCUGGACAGCGGUCCACUGCUACAGACCAUCCACCAGCUGGACUUUGUACAGAUGAAAGUUCCUGCAGCUCCAAUCCUGCAGCUGGAGGAGUGCUGUACUCAAACCAACAGUGCCACUCUUUCAUGGAAGCAGCCUCCUCUGUCCACCAUUGUUGUGGACGGCUACAUACUAGAGCUGGACGAUGGCAAUGGAGGACAGUUUAGGGAAGUUUACGUUGGCGCGGAGACAAUAUGCACGGUGGACGGACUGCACUUCAACAGCGCAUAUAGGUCUCGUGUUAAAGCCUUUAAUACCAGUGGUGUGGGGCAGUACAGCAAGACCUUGGUCAUGCAGACCUCUGAGACUGGACUUGCCUCAUGUGAUAUUAACGCUCUAGCUACAGUUGCCUGGUUCAUUUUUGACCCUGUAUCAGCCCAUCCGGACAUCAUACUAUCCAAUGACAACCUAACAGUCACAUGUAACAGUUAUGAUGACCGGGUUAUCAUGGGAAACACACCCUUCUCCCGUGGUGUACAUUACUGGGAGAUGACCAUCGACCGCUACGACAACCAUCCAGACCCUGCGUUUGGGAUUGCUCGGGCUGAUGUGCUGAAGGAUGUCAUGUUGGGAAAGGACGAUAAGGCCUGGGCGAUGUAUGUGGACAACAACCGCUCCUGGUUCAUGCACAACAACUCACACACUAACAGGACGGAUGGAGGGAUAGGUAAAGGAGCAACAGUGGGUGUUCUGUUGGAUUUCACCCGAGGGAUUUUGUUGUUUCUUAUUAAUGAUGAGCAGCAAGGUCCUGUGGCCUUCGACUCACUGGAGGGUCUUUACUACCCCACCAUCAGCCUCAACCGCAAUGUCCAGGUGACUCUUCACACUGGGCUGCCCAUUCCAGACUUCUACACUAUAGGAGAGUCAGAUCCUUCAGGCUCUGUCUGCUGAAGAACCACCUAAACUCGCACCACACCACACACACACAAUACAAACAAGAUAAGUGGAUACUAUUCC